AUGCCGCAGCUGGACUCCGGCGGGGGCGGCGCGGGCGGGGGCGACGACCUCGGCGCGCCCGACGAGCUGCUGGCCUUCCAGGACGAGGGCGAGGAGCAGGACGACAAGAGCCGCGACAGCGCCGCGGGCCCCGAGCGCGACCUGGCCGAGCUCAAGUCGUCGCUGGUCAAUGAGUCCGAGGGCGCGGCGGGAGGCGCGGAGGUCCCGGGGGCCGGCGGCGGGGCCCGCGGCGAGGCGGAGGUCGGGGCUGAGGCGCUCGGACGGGAGCACACUUCGCAGAGACUUUUCCCCGACAAACUUCCAGAGUCUCUGGAGGACGGCCUGAAGGCCCCGGAGUGCGCCAGCGGCAUGUACAAAGACACGGUCUACUCCGCCUUCAAUCUGCUCAUGCACUACCCGCCCCCCGCGGGAGCCGGGCAGCACCCCCAGCCGCAGCCCCCGCUGCACAACAAGGCCAGUCAGCCAGCCCACAGCGUCCCACAACUCUCUCCUCUCUAUGAACAUUUCAGCAGCCCCCACCCUACACCUGCACCAGCUGACAUCAGCCAGAAACAAGGAGUUCACAGGCCUCUGCAGACCCCUGACCUCUCUGGCUUCUACUCUCUGACCUCAGGCAGCAUGGGACAACUCCCCCACACUGUGAGCUGGCCCAGCCCUCCUCUCUACCCCUUGUCCCCUUCCUGCGGAUAUAGACAGCACUUCCCUGCCCCCACUGCAGCCCCUGGCGCCCCCUACCCCAGGUUCACCCACCCGCCCCUGAUGCUAGGCUCUGGUGUGCCUGGUCACCCCGCGGCCAUCCCGCACCCGGCCAUCGUACCUCCCUCAGCGAAGCAGGAGCUGCAGCCGUAUGACCGCAGCCUGAAGACGCAGGCAGAAUCCAAGGUGGAGAAGGAGGCCAAGAAGCCAACCAUCAAGAAGCCCCUCAACGCCUUCAUGCUAUACAUGAAGGAGAUGAGAGCCAAGGUCAUCGCAGAGUGCACACUCAAGGAGAGCGCUGCCAUCAACCAGAUCCUAGGCCGAAGGUGGCACGCGCUGUCUCGGGAAGAGCAAGCCAAGUAUUAUGAGCUGGCCCGAAAGGAGAGGCAGCUGCACAUGCAGCUCUAUCCAGGCUGGUCAGCGCGGGACAAUUAUGGGAAGAAGAAAAGGCGGUCACGGGAAAAGCACCAGGAAUCCAACACAGGAGGAAAAAGAAAUGCAUUCGGUACUUACCCGGAGAAGGCCGCUGCCCCAGCCCCGUUCCUUCCGAUGACAGUGCUCUAGGCUGCCCCGGGUCCCCAGCCCCCCAGGACUCGCCCUCAUACCUCCUGCUGCCCCACCUCCCCACAGAACUGCUUGCUAGUCCUGCGGAGCCGGCGCCUACAUCACCAGGGCUCUCAGCCGCUCUCAGCCUCCCAGCCCCCUGGACCCCCCC